GCAGGCGCGCCGUGUAGGCCAGCAGUGGGAUCCACCGCCAGCGUCGGCGACCCCAUAGCCGGCGAUGGCGUUCUGAAGGAGGACAAGCCCGACAACGCCAACGAGGACUGCGUGGGCGUCAUGAGCGAGUCCGCUGGCCAGGCGGCCGGCUGUGCUGGCUGCCCCAACCAGAAGGCGUGCGCCUCCGGUGAGGCCCGCAAGGCGGACCCCGCCGUGGCGCAUGUGAAGGAGAAACUGAGCGGAGUGAAGAGGAAGAUCCUCGUGCUCUCGGGGAAGGGUGGAGUGGGCAAGAGCACCGUGUCUGCCCAGCUCUCCUUCGGCUUCGCAGGGCGCGGCAUGGAUGUGGGCCUGCUCGAUGUGGACAUCUGCGGCCCCUCCCUGCCGCGCAUGCUGGGGCUCAUGGGCCAGGACGUGCACCAGAGCAGCGAGGGCUGGUCGCCGGUGUACGUCGACGAUAAGCUAGCUGUGAUGUCCAUCGGUUUCAUGCUGCCGAACCAGGCCAAGAAGAAAGUCUGGUGCAAGUGCGGAGAACCCUUCCACAUUCCCGACGCUGGCGACAAAAACACCCACGCCAGUCAGGUGAGCGAGAAGGGCGCGCCGCAGCAGGACCAGGAUAUGAAGUCCAUCCUCACAGCGAUCCUUGGGGUGCUCAGUGACGCCCAGAAGCAAGAGCUCGGGCCCGCAGCCCAGUCAGCAGCAGCGCUCGUCACGGAGAAGAAGCCCGCCCCCGCCGUGGCCGCGGUGGCAGCGCUCCAGCGAGUGCGGCAGCACGAGAAGAAAGUCACAGAGCUUGGUAUCCACGUGCAGGAGUUAGAGACCCAGCUCCAGGCCGCCAAGGACGACCGUGCCAAGGUAACCAUGGAGUUACAGGAGGCGCGGCAGCAGUUCGAGGCGGCCAGCCAGCAGGCCACAGCCCAGUGGGGCACCGCCACCGCGGCCGAGGACGCCAUGGAGGAGGACCAGGAGGCGACGCCCAAGAAGGCCCCCGCGGCCGAGCAGCCCAAGGCCAGCGUCCCCGAGCUGCCGCCAGGGCUGCGUGCCGCCGUCAGCGGCCUGCAGGGGGAGGACGCCGAGCAGGCCCAGGCUUUCGUGCAGCAGCUCGAGGCGGCGACCAAGGCGGGGAAGGCUCCACCGCCGAAGCGGCCACCGCCCAAGCGCCAGGGCGCCGCUGGCGGUCUCGUCAUCAGCCAGUCGGAUGACAUCUUUAGCCUCAGCGACAGCAGUGAGAGUGACCUUGUCAAUUUUGACCCGUCCGUUGUCAGUGUCAGUGCCAUGGGAGAUGCAGGUGGGGUCCUCAUCGAGCCGAAGGUAGACUCCACCUGCAACGGGCGGGCGAUUGACUUUUACGUGGUGCCUGAGAAGCUAGGUGCGGCCCCGCGGCCGUGGGACGAGCUCCAGGUCUUGGCACUCCAGAAGUUCCCCAAGGCUCCAGAGGUCCUUCAUCCUGUCGCACCAGAGCAUGUCGACGAGACCCUCACUCAUAGGCUUCAGAGGCUUAUCGAGGCUACCGUCGUCAACCUAAAGUGGGGCUCUAACCUCGCGGAUGACCAGCAGUGGGCGCUCUGGCACAGCCUGAAGGAGAGGUCCAGCGAGCCGUUCCCUUUGCACGACCUGCUAGAUCAGCAAGUGCAGUUUUACGGGACCCGCGCGCUGAAGCAGGCCCAGGACGGUUUUGCGGACUGGUUGGGGACCAGCAUCAAGCGAGGGGGUGGAGCCGCCCACGCCUUCACCAGAGAGAUGGAAGUAGAGGUCAACCCCGAAGGGGCAGACAACCUGGUCCUGGAAGAAGAGGCCCUGGACCCCGCCAUCUUUCAUCGCAUCAAUCUUUUCGAGAUGUGGUUCGAGCUGGUGGAGAGCCAGCCGCACCUCAGGAAUGGGAUUGAGCUCGCCUGGCCCAAGGUGGUCACCAAGCUCCAGCGGCCCAGGCGGUGGAACAAUGUUGUCAGCCAUCUCAGCGCGGUGGCGACCUGGGGUGGCAGCCCAACUCAGCUUGGGCUUGGACAAGCCCAUCCGGCCAGGUUUUACGAGUCCGACCUGGGAAUCUCCAGGAGCAAGACUAUUUCAUGUGCAGAUUCCAGCAGUUUCUCCACCAUCGAGUCUGGAGAUGGAGUCGAUAUCAAGAGCUCACGGUGGCAGAUCGAGCGGAUGUAUCGCGACGGGCAGAAGAACCUCGCGAAGGCGCUCAAGGCAGUCGGCGCCUGUUCAGCCUGGAGCCCCAGGAGACGUUUCGAGGCAGGCCUAGCAGAUGACUCGGUGUGCCCGUUGUGUGGAGACCAUCACUGCGAUGACUAUCACAAGUUCUGGGGGUGUCCGCUCCUGUUCCAGGCCGACCACCCCCUCAUUCAGGCAACAGAUGACCUAGUGGACACCGCUCAAGGGGACGACCAGCCAGCAUGUCUGUGGCUCCGAGGGCUCAUUCCAGCAGGUCUCGCUCUGAAGGCUGUAGAGGACACCACACCUCAGCACCCCGUCCUAGUAGGGGCUGGCGCUUUCCUGGACCCUCCCGAGCCGAGGGGCGGUUGGCGCCUCGGUGCGGUGGACGGUUCGGGGGGUGCUUUCUCGUCUGAUCCCCGCCUGAGGCGUGUAGGAUGGGGUGCAGGGGUCUGGGAUGAAGAUUUAAACCUCCAUGGCACUCUCCAAGGGAAUGUCAUAGGGCUCCAGACCAUCAAUAGGGCGGAGCUCAAAGGGGCCACCGAGCUCCUCAAGCAUACCCAGGGGGACCUUAUAGUGGUCACCGACUCGGCGUACCUCAUCAGUGGGUACCACAGGGGCCCCCGUAGGCGAGCGCGUUCCAAUCGUAGGCUUUGGGCCGAGCUUUGGAGGAUCCUAGGAGCUCGCACGGGCCAGGUUCAGUUUCUGAAAGUGAAGAGUCAUGCCGCGGACCCUGAGGUCCGCGCCCGUUUUCCAGCUUGGGCCCUGUAUGUGAAUGAACAGGCCGACGAAUUCGCUGGACAGGCUGCCGCCUCUGCCGCCGUGCCCCAGGACCUGGUCGACAGAGUGCUGGCUUUAGACACACUCGCAGAACAGGUCCGAGGGCGAUUGGCGGCCGUCCAGAUGAUGUGGUGGACCCACUACCCAGUGGAGGAAGCUCCCGCCGAGACUAAGAGGGCUCAGCGCAAGGAGCGGAGUGACAAUGCCUUCCAGCACCUGCUAGAGGUGACAGCCCACUGGCCCCAGGUCCGUGGCGACCAAGUUUCAUGCUCCAGGUGCGGCAGGCAGACCCACAGGAGGUGCUGCGCCCGCUGGCUCAGGCUCCCGUGCCCCGCCGCCAGGCCCGCGGCGGGAGCGAAGGAGCCCACCAGAGCCGCCCUCCCCGCCGCUGGAGGCCCGCCCCCCGUCCAUCCUAGCCACCGACCCCACCUCGCCGUGUCCAAGGCAUGA